GGGUUGGGGACGGGGGGACAGCGGGGACCUUCUCACCCCAAGGUCCCCCCUGUGCCCCACAGAGCCCCCUGUCACCCCGAUGUCCCCAACCCUCCAUGUCACCUCAGGGCCACCAACCCCCAAUGGCACCCCAACGUCCCCAACCCCUCACGUCCCCCUCAUGUCCCCCCCAGACCUCCAUGUCACCCCAAUGUCCCCAGACCCCCAUGUCCCCUUGAUGUCCCCAUCACCCCCAUCCUCACCCCAGAUGCCCACAAGGUCUGUGUCAUGGGCCACCACGGAGGGGUCUUGGGCCACCAUGGAAGGGUCAGGGGCCACCAUGAGGGUGGCCCAGGCCACCACAGAGGGGUCUUGGGCCACCAUGGAGGGGUCUCAGGCCACCAUGGAGGGGGGUCAGGCCAUCACAAGGUGGCCUUGGGCCACCAUGGAGGGGCCUAGGGCCACCACAAGGUGGUCUUGGGCCACCACGAGGUGGGCACGGGCCACCACAAGGUGGGCACGGGCCACCAUGGGGUGGGCUAGCUCGGCCGUGGGGUGGGCCCGCUCGGCCGCGGGGCGGGUGAGGGACCGGUGGGACCCCUUGGCCACCGCCUGGACCUUGGCCUUGCUCUUCGGGUUGCCCCAAGUGGCCAUCUUUGGCCAACGGGAGGUGGGGGCCGGCGAGGAGGACUGUUGGGCCACCUUCAUCCAACCUUGGGGGGCCAGGGCUUACGUCACCUGGGUGGCUUUAGCCGUGUUGGUGGCCCCGGCCGCCUUGUUGGGGGGGUUGCAGGUGGCCGUGACCAGGGCUUUGGGGGCCGGUGGCCACCGGCGGGGGUUGGGAAGGGCCAGGGCCAAGAGCCACCGAAUGGCCAUGGUGGUCCUGGGGGUCUACGUGGCCUGCUGGGCCCCCUUCUUCUGCGCCCAGCUGUGGGCCGUCUGGGACCCCUGGGCACCCGUGGAAGGUCCGGCCUUCACCAUCCUGAUGCUGCUGGCCAGCCUCAACAGCUGCACCAACCCCUGGAUCUACGCCGCCUUCAGCACCAGCCUGUCCCGCGCCAUGGCCCGCAUCCUCUGCCCCUGCCGCCACCGUGCCGCGCACGCCUAGGGCCUUGCACGAGGGCUUGCACGAGGACCACCAGGGCUCACACCAGGACCACCAGGGCUCGCACCAGGACGGGACACGGGGGCUCGUACGAGGAACCACGGGGGCUGGCACCAGGAUGGACCACCAGGGGCCCGCGUGAGGAUGGACUGUGGUGGUCCAUCCAGGGGUCUUGCACGAGGGUUUGCACGAGGACCACCAGAAGUAGCACCAGGACCACCAGGAGUAGCACCAGGACCACCAGGGCUCGCACCAGGACGGGACACGGGGGCUCAUAUGAGGAACCACGGUGGGUGGCACCAGGAUGGACCAUCUGGGGCUCACGUGAGGAUGGUCCACGGGGGCUUGCACAAGGAUCACGAGGGCUUACGCCACAACCACGAGGGCUGGCGCGAGGACUCGCACGAGGACAACCAGGGCUCGCACCAGGACGGGACACGGGGGCUCACACAAGGACCCUGGAGGCUCACACAAGGAACAAGGGACUUGUGCAAGGACCACAAGGGUUUGCACGAGGAACAGGGGGGCU